AUGAAGAUUCUGAAAAGGGCCAAGUUUGUGGCCAGCAUUGCCAGGAGCGCGGCAAAGUCAACAAUAAGCUACUGUGUUAAGGGCCCGAGAUGCGAGCGGUGGCCGCUAAAGCUCCAGGUUCUUCGCGACGUCAUUUAUAGCAUAAGCAAAAUAGGAAACGGCGCGUCAAUGACAGACGACGAUAUAGACUUGAUCGACUUUGAAGAAUUGGCUGCCUCGUACAAAAAGCACGACCUUCCAGACUCUGAAAUACCAUUUCAUCUGGGCACUGCCAUUGAUCCGGAGCUGUUUGUCGGCACAGGUCCAGCUGAAAAGGGGCUGAUCGCGCUCAUCAAGACGUGUAAUCCCUACGAGCUCACAGCACCCACACCGCUGCCAGGCUCCGCCGAACUUGCUGCAAAAUGCGAGCCGUUGACGCCCAACGAGCGCAUUAUUCUGUAUUUGCACGCCGCACAAGCUGGGCUCCGGUGCUUCACAAUCGACUAUAGAUUGGCCCCGCUUCAUCCGUAUCCCGCUCAGCUGCACGACGCCUACAUAUCUUUCCAUUUCUUGUUGCAGCAGGGGUUCAGGGCGGAGAACAUUGUUUUGGCGGGCGACAGUGCCGGUGGGAAUUUGGUGCUGGCGCUGACACUUUUGCUCAAGCACACAGGGAUUCCCCACGUGCGCGGCCUGGUGCUCUUGUCGCCGUGGACCGAUAUCAUAUCUCAGCGUCCAAGCAUUGAGCGUAACAAGCGCUUCGACUAUUUGGUCAACAUGCCGAUGACGUCGCCCAUGUCUCGGGCUCGCCUGUUCUAUGCUCCCGGUCGUCGAAUGUCACCAGAGCUCAUGGCCGAAAUGGCGCAUCCAUUGGUGUCGCCAGUCAAUGCUGAUUUCUCAGACUUUCCGCCGACACUGAUACAGGCUGGAGACAAGGAGCUCCUUCUCGACGAAAUCAGCGAGCUCUUCCACAACAUCCUGGCUGCUAACCCGGACCGCCAGGACAUAUACACGUAUGAAUGCUAUGCUGACAUGAUCCACGUGUUCCACCAAAGCUAUCACUAG